ACAUGCGCACUUCAAGUGUGGGUCACGCGAAACCGCAUCACACACGGUUCAUUCUACCUUCAAUGAAAAAAGAAGGAGAAAAACUCAGCCCAAAAACAGUCAUCUGACUGGACACUGCAUGAAAUUGAUCUUUUUUACAUGCAGCCUGACAGCGGAGGCACACUGCGGUGGGAUGGGCUGUGAGCUGUUCAAGAUGGCGGCGCCCUGUGGAGUUUUGCACCUCUAACAGAGGUGCCUGGAGACGGUAUUGGAGGGUGGGGUCCAGGAGUCCUCCAGGCAGGAAGGCGGCUGACACAAGGACACCGUAGGAGAGACACACUGACGCCUCCUCCUACACCUCCUCCACCUCCCACAGUGCUGCCAACACCACCAUGGCUAGGGAGCAGACUAAUGUGGGGGACCUCCUCCCACUCCUGGAGACCUCAGACCUCCAGCAGCUGGAGGAGAUCAGGGGCCUUAUCAAUGAGCAGCUCAGCAGUGAACGAGGGUCGAUGUUGCUGAACAGUCUGGUGGACUACUUUUUGGAAACCAAUUCGUGCCAGGCCAUGCAUAUCCUGUCUUCAGUCAGAGAGCCACAUGAUAAGCACCUCCUGGACAAGAUGAAUGAGUGUAUGACCAAACAGGCCUGUCGACUGCCCACGCUCACCCUGCUGGGGCACGUGGUCCGCAAACAGCCGUCCUGGAUCCACAAAAUCGCCCGAUACCCUCUGCUGCUGUCACUGCUUAAAUGUCUGAAGACGGACACAGACGUAGUGGUGCUAAUAACUGGAGUCCUGGUACUGAUCACCCUGUUACCCAUGAUCCCUCAAGCUGGAAAGCAACACCUGUGGGAAUAUUUUGACAUCUUCGGCCGCCUGGCUUCCUGGAACCUGAAAAACCCUGGGCACAUUUCUGAAGUUUAUCUCAUCCAUCUUCACGCCAGUGUCUACUCGCUCUUCCACCGACUUUAUGGCAUGUAUCCAUGCAACUUUGUUUCCUACCUGCGCUCCCAUUACAGCAUGAAGGAGAACAUGGAGACAUUUGAAGAGGUGGUGAAGCCGAUGCUGGAACAUGUUCGUUUACAUCCUGAACUGGUGACGGGAACAAAAGACCAUGAACUUGAUCACACCAGGUGGAAAAAAUAUGAAAUCCACGACAUUGUCAUUGAAUGUGCCAAAGUGUCUCUGGACCCGAAGGAGGCGUCUUGUGAGGAGGGCUACGCCACCAUGCCCGAGAGCUUCUACCCCCAAGUCCACAUGAGACCACAGGACUGCACCUCCAGCCCCUACACCGACCUCCACAGCAGCUAUGGAAGUUCUUCUUCGACCCCGUUCUCCACCCCACGGCAGCCUCUCCUCCCUCCGCUGUCCUUGCCCCCCCUUUCAGGGACACAGUCGUUGUACCGCAGCCCUCAGACCUCCAGACGACAGAACUUGACCUGUGAACUCAACUCUUCCUGUGGGGGAAAGGACCCUCUAUGGAGCCCCUCCUCUGUGUGUGGCAUGGCCACGCCCCCUUCUUCCAGGGGUAUGUCACCAAACUUGGAGCUCUCCCACAGUGCCUCACACCUUUCCAGUCGCUUCCACUGCACAUCAGGAGGGAAAGGAACGCCGGCCUCCAGUACUCCAGCCACAUCUUCCCCCCCACCCACUCUAUCAGAUGACUUUCCAAUAAUCUCAUUACCCACCAGCACAGUCCAGUCCAGUCCACCCAGGAAGGACCGUCGGUUUGGUGAAAGUGGUAAACCUGCGUUGGUGAGACAGGAGCCGGUGAAGGACAUGGAGAAGAAUUCAGAAAUAACCACCAACAGAGAUGUCAGAGCUGUGGAGAACAUCUCCAUGACUCUGACGGAGCUGUCAGUCUUCAUGAAGAAACAGGAGCUUCUGCUGAGGAUGGAGAAAGAGAAGGAGGAGGCUGCCAUCACAGAGGAGCUGCUGAAGAUCACUGAAGACCAGCAGGAGCUCCCUGGCCUGAGGGGCUUCGACUCUCCUUUCUUUCACACCACUGAGACCCUGACUGGCUGUCAGACCCAGAACAAGACCCGAACCAACUCUCAGUCUGGAACCAGAGGUGUCACUCGAGAUCUCCAGCGCGCUGUGUCCACACCGGACAAAGUGGAGAACUCCACCGGUGCCAAUGCUGUGGGGAAUGAAAGUGGAGCAGGAGGAGAUAACCGGAGUUCUGCUUCUGCCUUGGAGCAGUCCUGGUCCUUCCAAUCUGGUUUCAUGCCCAUUGAACCCCACCUCCAGCGCAGCCCCUCUGCCCCUGACGAGGAGGUGGUGAAGAUGGGUAUGUUCUCCCCCAGCCCCUGCAGCAGUAAGACUCCAGCCUCCGUACCCUAUGAGAUGUUCUUUGACCUGGCUCUGCCCAGAGCCGCCUCGCUCUUUGUGGGACAGAAGACGUCGGAGGCGGUCCAUAAGGCAGCGAUGGAGAAGCUCCUGCAGAGAGAGGAGGGUCUGGAGGACGGGGAGGAGGAGGCCGUUAUGUCCACUUCACCACUGGAGGUGCUGGAUCGCCUUGUUAAGCAGGGGAGCGACGUCCAUGCCAAAGUUCUGGAGAGAUUACCAUUGCCCAGUAAGUCAGCCGACUGGACCCACUUUGGAGGCUCCGCUCCUCUGGACGAGCUCCACACGCUGCGUAGCCAACUGCUCCUGCUGCACAACCAGCUGCUGUAUGAGCGCUACAAGAGGGAGCAGCAUGCCGUCCGCAACCGACGCCUCCUGAGACGCAUCAUCAAUGCCACGGCGCUGGAGGAGCAGAACAACGCCAUGAAGGACCAGCUGAACCUCCAGAGCGUGGACCUGCAGUCUCUGAGGGACAGCCUGCAGGUGGAGCAGCAGAGGUACAGACAGCUGUGGGAGGACAGGGAGACAGUGGUGACCAGGCUGCACAGUCAGAUCAGGCAGCUGCAGCAGGGCCGGGACGACUACUACACCAAGACCCAAGAGCUGCAGACUAAACUGCAGGAGUGCCAGAAAACCAUGGCUGAACUGGAGGCGGAGCUUCAAAGAGCCAACAACAAAGUCUGUCACACUGGUCACCUCCUCAACCAGAUGACCAUCAAGCUGAACAACAGUGAGAGCACCCAGCAGCAGAUGAGCUUCCUGAACAAGCAGCUGCUGCUCCUUGGGGAGGCACAUAAGCUGUCCAUGCAGGAGCUACAACACGCCGGCUCCGACAACACAAAGGAGACUCAGAUGCGGCAGACAUCUUUCAACAAACAGGUGGAGUCCCUGAAGCAGAGUCUGCUGGUGCAGGGUCAGAAACUGGAGGCAGCUCAGCAGAGAGUGGCCGAGCUGGAGACACACCUGACCAAGAAAGACCAUCUCAUCGCUGAGCAGAAAAAGUUUCUGGAGGAUGUAAAGUGUCAGGCAAAAGUGGAGCUUCAGGCAUCAGAGGGCAGGUACCAGGCUCAGAGGAGAAUCACUCAGCUGCUGCAGACUGAACUUCUGCAGCUCUACAGUCGAGUGGAGACCGAGGCUCCGGCCGGCACUGCGGCCAGUUCACCAUCAGGGGGCAGAGCUGAGCCUGCUGACGCCAGUGUUCCAGCUCCAGCUGGGUCAAGUAAAGGUCAUGUGAACAAGGACGUGUCAGCUGUUAGGUCAACACACGACUCACCUCGUGGCAACGGCAGCACUUUAUCUGCAGGUCAAAUGAAGACCAGCAAAUCUUCCAAGGUGCCAUCCACCUCUGUCAACGGCAGCCAGAAUCUGGCCCCGCCCCAGCUGGUGGAGCCCUCACCGUCCUGUCCACACUUCAGCCCGCUCUCACCCCUGCCCUCUGCCGCCGAUGCUCCACUCACUGUGGGCUCCUAUCCCAGUGCCAAAAGCUUCCUAGGCAUGAGGGCUCGAGAGCUGUUUCGUAACAAGAGUGAGAGUCAGUGCGACGAGGAGCAGCAGCCGCCUCCACGCCUCGCCGGCCUGGCUAACGCUCUGAAGACAGAGCUGUGUGUGGAGAAGAGUUCUAAUUCAACUCCUCAACCACCACCACCACCACUACCACCGCCGCCUGUCACCUCCAACAAGGAGCCUCGGCCACCGCCGUCAUCGGAGCAGACAAAGCAGCGCUCAGCCUCCAGCCAGGAGAGUCCACGCAAGAAGGUGCCAGGACGGGGUCAGGCAGCAACAGGUCGACUGAGGCAGCAGCAGCAGCAGCAACAACAUUGUCUAAAGAUCAUGGACUAUAACGAGACACAUCAUGAGCACAGUUAGAGAUGUAGAACUGAGCUGUGACUGAGAGGAAGGACGGAGAGAAGAGCUAAAAAUGAGCAAGAGUUUCUGCUACUCUGACCAAUUCAGUGUUAUUUGGAUCCAUUCCUCUGAGUGGACAACAGGAUUCCUCCCACUUUUCCUUCUUUUUAAUUCCACAUUUAAUCAUUCCCGUGAAUCGUGUAUUUACAAAGAGACAGAGUGAAUGUGUUACCAGCCAGGAUGCUAGAGUCAGGAGUUGGACCAUGAGACGAAGAUGCUCACGAGAUCUGCUAGAAGGAAGGUGAGACCAGGUAUCUAAGGGUGGUAGAGGUGGUAGAACUAACCAGAAGGUUCAGAAGGUUCUGUGGGACGGUUCAGGUUUUAUUUGUCCUCAGCCCUGACACCUUUAUCAGGAGCUGGUUUCUGAGUGAUUGGAUUAAUGUGGACAGUGAUGGGUCCAGGUCUGAAGACAACUGAUGUCCUCCAGUGUCUCCUGGAGACAUUUUAACCAGCUCACAGUGGUCUUUCUCCUAUUGCCCACAUCUAAUCUGAUACCAGAGUUCACUCCUAAGGUUGGAACAUUGUUAACCUUGACAGCACCUUCAGGUUUCUUCACUGUGAAGAACUGUUUACUGCAAAGACAUCUACAAUCAUCUGUGGUUGUAUUUGGAUUCUCUAAAAACCCCAGCAACCAGCCACACAUGACCUGGACAAAUAAAACCUGUCUGUCCAGCAGGGGUCAGUAAAGGUUUAUUGUUAGUAUUAUUUAUAUGAAGAGAAUGUUUAGGUUUACAUUGUGUAAUGAUGCCGUAUGAGCUGCAGAUUUCCCACAUGUUGGACUCUAGUGAGCAUCACAGGAAGAGGGUGAGCCCACCAUUUUACUGGAGCAAAAGUGAGUUUGUUAAAGAGACAGUUCAGGUUAUUUAGAGUUUGUUUGUAUGAGCUUUUUAAUACUUCAUCUCCACUGAUAGUUCACAGGAGAUGGUUCUCCACAAAACACAUUUGGCAAAGUUAAAUUAUAAACAUUAUAUCUGUGUACAACUUAACCUUUUCACAGGAAAUGUUAUCACAUCAAAGUCUAAAGAAAACAAGUGAUUUUAGCUCAAAGGGACACAAAGCUGCUCGAUCACUGAAGAUAGAACCAUCCGUGGAUUAACAACAGUAUCGAAAUGCUAAAAAUCACUGAUUUUCUCUAUGAACUUUGGUCUGUGAGCUAAAAUAACAGGUUUUCUCUACGGACUCAUUGGUUGUCGUUUAGAACUGUCUGUUGUUGAGAUAAAGUAUAGGUCAGUGUUAAAAUGUUUUUUUACCUCAUACUUUUAAACUUUAAAAAAAAUUAAAUGUCUCUUUAACUCACUGGUCUUAAGCCUAAGAUGUUUCAUUAAUUUCUUUUAUUUAUUUUAUUUACCAGGCCCUACAAAAAGGGCACAGUUUGGUAAAUGGUUGGUUACAUUUUGGUCAAUGUCCAAUGAGAAGAGUAGUUGAAAAUAAGACAGAGUUUAAGUUUUACUCAUUUUUUAAAAAGAUAUUUCUCACUGUGUUUUAUUUCCUCACCCACAUUCCCAUGUCCUGAAUCUGAAUCUCACCUGGAGAGUGACAAAUAUUUCGAAAUAUUUUUGGCCAAACCUGUCAGCUGACUGUUCAGGAGGUGCCACAACAUCAGCUGAACAGGUUCCUGUAGGUCUGAUAAUGUCACCAUUCCCUCCCCCACCUCCACUCCCCCUUUUUUGGUGAAAUGAACUCCUCUAGUCAAUCCUGUUGUCCACCAGGAGUUCCUGCUUUCUUUCCUUCUGCCUCGCUAUCUAAACAAACAAAAGCAUGAUCAACAAUCCACGUUAAAGCCAACCGUAGUAUCUACAGUUUUAAACUCCAGACUGGACGUACAAUCAGCACAAAACCGGAAGAAACCCGAAGGGCAGAACCACGGGAUUUGGGACAAACGUGUUAAAAAGGAAGUUAUUAAAGCAGUGGCUUGUGUUUAACUGUGAACAAUAAAGAUCGUCGUCAAUGUUUUGCACUACA